AUGAGUUACUCGGGGAAGGACGACUCCUGCGACCGACUCCUCCGGGAGCUGUCUGCCAUCCCGGACAGGCCGUCUUCGACGAGGCCCGCUGCGCCGACGUCGAGGCCCGUUGGGACUCCGAGGAAGAACAAUGUGAGACUUGUUGUCAAGAGCACAGAGCACGACUGCCUAGGCCGGUCGAUUGCCCCCGACUCGCUCUCAAUCUGGGUGCACCACAUGACGGGUAUCCAUUACCACCCGGAUAAGUUCAAGCUCGCUGGAUCCAGUAUCACUACCCCAGGAAACGCAGUUACUGCCGGGGGUAGCAACGGGAUGUACGACCUCUACAAGGCUACCGCCGAAUGA